AAACAAAAAAACUUUUUUUCUUAGAGAGAGAAAAGAAGAGAGAAAUCUUUUUCCUUUUUUUCUCUUUUUUUCCCUUCACCUCAACCCUCUUUCUCAGGGAUGGUCGAAGAGAGUUCCUCUUCUGAGAUCAUCCUGAAUACAGCCGUCAACAAAAAAUAUUCCAAAAAAAAAAUUCUUUUUUUUGGAUUUUAAUUCUACAUUUCAUAAAAAAAUCCCACAUUUUCCAUUUGCUUAAAUUUUUUGAUUUUUUUUCCAAGAAUUUGGCCUCUGUUUGCUUUUUCUGCUAAAAAUUGAAUCUUGGAAAUUUUGAGGACUUGGGGUUUCUGCAAUGAUGGAGAAAACAGAGUAUAGAGUUGUGCAGAUAAGUAAAUGUGUUAUCGUGUGUCCGAGUGAUUUUCGUUGCUCGGAGGAGAGUCAUUUCAUACCGAGAAAACUGGCGAUUUUGUGUGAGAAUUUGUUCAGAAUCCUGGCUGUUGACAAGAAAUGAGGAGUAGAUGGAACAUUUAUGGAAUCAAGUUGUUGUUUCUUACUAUUUUGAUUCUUCUUUUGGAGGUUCAUGAAUGUUGCACUCUUAAUUCUGAAGGAUUGUCGUUGUUCGAAUUCAAAUUGAAUGUGUAUUCUGAUCCAAAUGGAGUUCUUGAAAACUGGAAUGCUGAUCACUGUGACCCAUGCAUGUGGUCUGGUGUUGAGUGCCUGGAUGGGAAAGUGCAAAUCCUAAAUCUCCAUGGAUGUUCUUUGGAAGGAACCCUGACAUCAGAGCUUGGAAAUCUUACUCACUUGAGAUCACUCGUGCUCUCAGGGAACCAUUUUUUCGGUGCUAUUCCUAAAGAAUUUGGAAGACUCGGAAUGCUGGAAGUGCUUGACUUGCGGGAUAAUAAUUUGGGUGGAACAAUUCCAGCAGAAAUAGGAGACCUGCAAUCACUAAGAAUAUUGUUGAUUCAUAACAAUAACUUUGAGGAGAGUGUUCCCUUGGAAAUCGGGAAGCUUCAUUUAGUCACAGAAUUACAAUUCGACGAAAAUCUCACUUCUGCUUUUGCUGCCAGAACUCGCUGUAUAAGAAAAUUUCGGCAUUGCAUCUGGCAUGGCAGCAUGAAACCAUUCAAGAUGAUAAACUCCUUUGUCGAACCAAUAAAAUGGGCAAUUUUGCGUUACCUCAGUUUCUUCCAACUGCCAUCUCCUGGAACGGGCUUUAUGGAUGACCGAAAAGACUGCUCUGACAACCUUCCAACAGGGUCAUCCAGACCUCACUUCAUUCACACUAUACAGCACCAAGAGGAGAUUGCACGCCGUAAGUUGGCUGAACAAUCCAGUAACCUUGCUGCUGCUCCUGCCAAUAUCAAAGGACCGUUGGGUCCUGUCAUUCAAAUGCCAAGUAGCAGAAGCAGUGGGUCGUUUCGUGCGGUGCCAAAUUCCAAUGGAACAGAUCCUACAAACUUACCAUCACCACCUCCACAGUAUGAGUCUCAGGACAAAUUACAACCUGUGGGACAGUCUGCAAGUGCUGUAAAACAGCCGCCAGCUGUUAAAAAGCCAACUAAUAGCCAAGGUCCCCCCGCUGGAAAAUCGGAAAGUACUUGGAAGUACGUAGUUGGGAUUUGCAUUGGAGUAGUUUUGCUCAUUCUUGCUGCUUCUGUGUUCUUAAUCUGCCGAAUCAGAGCAGCUAGAACAAUUGGCCCUUGGAAGACUGGAUUGAGUGGACAGCUGCAAAAAGCAUUUGUUACAGGGGUUCCAAAACUGAACAGAUCCGAGCUUGAAACAGCAUGCGAGGAUUUUAGCAACAUUAUUACCAGCGGCGAUUCAUAUAUAGUAUACAAGGGAACACUGUCAAGCGGAGUGGAGAUUGCCGUUAUCUCAACUACUAUAAGUUCUCUGCAAGAUUGGUCCAUGCACUCGGAAACAGCCUUCCGGAAGAAGAUCGAUACAUUUUCACGAGUGAACCACAAGAAUUUUGUUAAUCUUAUUGGAUAUUGCGAGGAGGAUGAACCUUUCACUCGGAUGAUGGUCUUUGAGUAUGCUCCUAAUGGAUCUCUUUACGAGCAUCUUCAUGUUGAAGAAGCUGAUCAUCUGGACUGGCCUGCGAGGAUGAGAACCGUUAUGGGUACAGUGUAUUGUCUUCAAUACAUGCAUGAAUUGAACCCCCCAGUGCCACAUUGCAACUUGAAUUCAAAGUCCAUAUUUUUGACCGAUGAUUAUGCUGCUAAGAUUACAGAGAUUGAUUUCUGGUCAGAACUAACAGGCAAGUCGAAGUCCUCUAGCGAUGAUUUAGAGAAUUCUGUGCUGCCGCCGCUUGCUGAUCCCGAAACUAAUGUCUAUAGCCUUGGGAUUCUUUUAAUAGAAAUAAUUUCUGGCAAAUCCCCUUAUUCAGAAGAAAAAGAGUCUCUUCUAAACUGGGCGGCACAAUAUUUUCGUCACGACAAGCAGAAUAUCGCCUCACUGGUGGAUCCAUUAUUGAAGUCUUUCAAGAAUAAUGAGCUUAUGGUUAUUUGUGAAGUAAUUGAACAAUGUCUUCAAGAAGAUCCAAGGAAGAGACCAACUAUUAAAGAAUCCAUUGAUAAAUUAAGGGAAGCAAUUGAUGUAUCACCACAUGCUGCAGUUCCAAGGCUUUCUCCUCUGUGGUGGGCUGAACUUGAGUUAUUAUCCAGCGAGGCAGCGUGAUCCGGCUUAAUUUGUCCGUCUACUUUGUAAGUUUGAGUACGUACGUGUUGUUUUACUACGUAUGAAUACGGAAAUACACCGUUUCUCUUAAACCCCCUCGGGGUAGUUGUAUCUAACUAUCCUCUACAUAUCUUUAUGAUCUAAAUUGGUUUAUUCUUUUAUCAUUUGUAUUGAGAAGAACCGUGACGAUUCAUAUAGUUGAUCUCAGCUUGUUUGGAAUUCAGGCGUAAUUGACGCGUACAUUGGUUUAUUCUUUUAUUGUUUGAGUAACAUUAACAGUGAGGAUUCAUAUAGCCAAACCUUCUUGUU